GGAGCGAGAAAGAAGCAAAGAAACAGCUCCCGCUUCUCUUGCAUCACCAAUCAAGAACUUCCCAAGCCUGCCUCAGGAUUGAUUCCAUUCCAUUGACAUACACACACCGCCGUUCCUUUUGCUAUAGUCAAUCCUCUUUUCGAGCCAUCUCAUCCCCAAUCCAUUUCUGGCGCCGACAUCAUGGGUGGCGAGACACCGUCCCAGAGGGGUCCUCGGAGCGACUAUCCCCUCCAAGCCCCAAAGCCCGUGGGCCAACUGAUUUCCAACAUCUACAAAGACCGCAUCAGUCAGUUCUACUCGGGCGGCCAAUAUGAGCACCAGAACCUCCUUGCCAUGAUGAAAGAGGCCGUCGUCUCUGGCGAGCCCCAUGUGCAGCUUUCCGUGUGGCAUGCUCCGGACCAGACUCGCCCGACCUUCAAGAACGCUACGUCCCACAAGUUCACAAAGACGAGCGUCGGCGAGUGGUUUGGCCCCUCGUGGACGACCCACUGGUUCAGGGUCAUCUUGAAGGUCCCAGAGGAGCUCCGGGACAAGAGGCUCCUCGAGUUUCAUUGGGACGCCAACAAUGAGGGGAUGGUGUGGAACGAGGACGGCCACCCGCUCCAGGGCCUCACAGGCGGCGGCGAGCGUGUCGAGUGGAUCCUCCCGGACUCGUUCCGCGACGGCAAGGAGCACACCAUCUACAUCGAAAUGGCCUGCAACGGCAUGUUUGGCAAUGCCCCGGGAGGGGACUCGAUCCAGCCACCAGACCCGAACAAGUACUACCGCCUUGACCGAGCCGAGAUUGUUGCCGUCGAUCCGGAUGCACGCCAGCUGUACAUCGACAUCUGGAUCAUCGGCGACGCUGCGAGGGAGUUUCCCCAGGACUCGUGGGAGCAGCACAAGGCGCUCAAGACCUGCAACGAGAUCGUCGACGCCUUCGAGAUCGGAAACAGGGAGUCGCUCAAGACCUGCCGGAGGAUUGCCGAGCAAUACCUCGGGCCCAACGUCAACUCGGCCAAGGUGUACGAGAGCGGCAAAGAACCCGUCGUUUUCGGCAUCGGACACUGCCACAUCGACAGCUGCUGGCUGUGGCCCUUUGCCGAGACCAAACGGAAGGUGGCCAGGUCGUGGUCCAGCCAGUGCGACCUGAUGGACCGGUACCCCGAGCUCAACUUUGCCUGCUCCCAGGCCCAGCAGUACAAGUGGCUCAAGGAGCUGUACCCUUCCGUCUUUGACCGGGUCAAGAGGAAGGUCGACGAGGGCCGCUUCCACCCCAUCGGAGGCAGCUGGGUCGAGCACGACACCAACAUGCCGAGCGGCGAGUCGCUGGUCCGUCAGUUCUUGUACGGCCAGCGCUUCUACGAGAGCAACUUUGGGAAACGCUGCCAGACCUUCUGGUUGCCCGACACGUUCGGUUAUUCGAGCCAGCUGCCGCAGCUCUGCCGUCUGGCCGGCAUGACGCGCUUCCUCACGCAGAAGCUCAGCUGGAAUAACAUCAACCGCUUCCCCCACACCACCUUCAACUGGGUUGCCUUGGACGGCACCCAGGUCAUCUGCCACAUGCCUCCCGCCGAGACGUACACGGCCGAAGCCCACUUCGGCGACGUCAAGCGCAGCAUGUCGCAGCACAAGUCGCUAGACCAGGACGCCACAUCCCUGCUCGUAUUUGGCAAGGGAGACGGCGGCGGCGGCCCUACCUGGCAGCAGAUCGAGAAGCUGCGUCGCUGCCGUGGCAUCAGCGACACUGUCGGCCUACUGCCCCGAGUACACAUGGGCGAGUCAGUCGACGACUUCUUCGACAGGAUCGAACGCAAGGCAGACUCCCUCGUAACAUGGUACGGCGAGCUGUAUUUCGAACUGCACCGCGGCACGUACACGACCCAGGCCAAGAAUAAACGCGACAAUCGCAGGUCCGAGGUUGUGCUUCGAGACCUGGAGCUGCUAGCCACCAUUGCGUCCAUCAAAGACAAGUCCUACAAGUACCCGAAGAAGGAGUUUGAUGACAUGUGGGAGCUGGUGCUUCUCUGCCAGUUCCACGACUGCCUUCCGGGGAGCUCGAUCGAGAUGGCCUACCGGGAAUCCGACGAGAUGUAUGCCCAGGUCUUCAAGACCGCCGAGAGCGCCUUGAAGGAUAUUUCCAAGGUGCUAGGUUUCUCCCAGGUGCAGACCACCACGGUCGCAGACGGUCUCGCUCUCAACACGCUACCAUGGCAUCGCAAGGAGGUUGUCGAUAUUUCUGAAAACGAGGCCGCUGUCGCGUGCGGCAAUGGCCCGCUGCUGAAGCUGCGGACUUUGAAGACGAGCCAAGACAAGCCCCUCGUCACCCUUCAGCAACCCUCGAAGAGUGUUUUUGUCCUUGAGAAUGAUCAACUCAGGGUCAGGGUAGAAGCGGGUGUUAUCACGUCGCUCUACGAUCGAACCGCCGAGCGCGAGAUCAUCCCCAAGGGCCAGAAGGCUAACCAAUACGUCAUCUUUGACGACAAGCCCCUCUACUGGCAGGCUUGGGACGUCGAGGUCUACCACCUCGACACUCGCAAACCUCUUCAGCCUGGCGAGACCAGAGUCCACGAAAUCAAGAACCACCGCGUUAGCGUCGUCACCCGGACCAAGAUCAGCGACGAGUCCUCCAUCGAAACCAUCAUCAGUCUCACCGCCGCCCUCCCGGGCCAACAAUCCCACGUUGAGAUCUCCAGCACCGUCGAGUGGCAUGAAACGAUGAAGUUCCUCAAGGUCGAGUUCCCCGUCGACAUCCGCAACACGGAAGCGUCGUACGAGACGCAGUUUGGUAUCGUCCGGCGCCCGACCCACUAUAACACCUCGUGGGACAUGGCCAAGUUCGAGGUCUGCUCGCACCGCUUCGCCGACCUCUCGGAGCACGGCUACGGCGUGUCCAUCCUCAACGACUCCAAGUACGGCUUCGCCACCGCCGGCAACGUCAUGCGCCUGUCGCUGCUGCGCAGCCCCAAGGCCCCCGACGCCCACGCCGACAUGGGCACCCACCACAUCCGCUGGGCCAUCCUCCCCCACCAGGGCGCCCUGUCGCACGUCACCGUCCGCAAAGCCGCCGAGUUCAACAGUCCGCUCAAGCUCGCUGCCCCCGCCGGCGCCGGCGCCGGCGCCGCCUUGGCGGACCUGUCCUCGCCGCCCGUGUAUCUGACGCCCGACUCGAGCGAGGCCCUGGUGCUGGACACAGUCAAGCGCGGCGAGGACGACGAGGACGUCUCGCGCGGGGAGCUGCCAGUCAAGAAGGGCCGGAGCGUCAUCCUGCGCAUCUACGACAGCCUCGGCGGUCGGGCCCGGGGCACCGUGGCCACCACCUGGGAUGUCGCGAAGGUGUACAAGGUCAACCUGCUGGAAGACGAGCUGGAGGAGGUGGUACUGGCUGAGGGGGGCCGGUUUGCCGUGGACCUGAGGCCCUUUGAAGUUGCCAGUUACAAGUUGCAGCUGGCGUAGAUGAGGAAAGAAGGAGGUUUGCCUGAUUUGGUGGUGGUUGGAAGGUCUUCUGAGAAGGAGGUGUUGUUGGGCUUUUGGCACGGUCUCAGUGAUCAAGUGAACGGAGUGGUGUGACGUGAGCAUGCGGAACAAAUGCAAUUGC